AUGGCAACACGUUGGGGAAUUGCUAGUGCUGGGAAAAUUUCCCAUGAUUUUACAAACGCUGUGGCUACAUUGCCUAAUAAUGAGCACGAGGUUGUUGCUGUCGCUGCACGUGAUAUAAAACGUGCUGAAGAGUUUGCUAAACUGCAUCGUAUUAAAAAAGCUUAUGGGAGUUAUGAGGAAUUGGCAAAAGAUACUGAUGUUGUCGCAAAAUUGAUGUUAAAUCAUGGAAAGCACGUACUUUGCGAAAAGCCAUUGACGAUGAACUUGAAACAGACUACAGAGUUGAUAAACUUUGCCAAGUCCAAAGGUUUAUUUUUGAUGGAAGCUAUUUGGAGUAGAUGCUUCCCAGUCUACGAAGCUGUUAAAAAAGCGAUCAAAGCCGGAGAAAUCGGAGAUGUCAAACAAGUUAUCGUAUCAUUUGGCUUUGCUAUGGAGCAUGUUGACCGUUUAAAUGUCAAAGAAAUGGGCGGUGGGACAAUCUUGGAUCUUGGAGUUUACACUCUACAAUUGGCUCAGUUUGUUUAUGAUGGAGAAAAACCGAUAGAUGUAAAAGCAGGAGGCUUCUUGAAUGCUGAUGGGGUCGACAAGUCCAUGUCAGCUACUUUGAUCUAUAAAAAUGAUCGCACGGCCACGAUAAUGACACACUCAGUGGUAACUUUACCAAAUGAAGCUGUUAUCAUCGGCACUAAAGGCGUGAUCAAAAUCCCGACCUUCUGGUGCCCAGUGACGGCUGAAUUGCCGUCUGGAAAAAUAAAGUUCGACUUGCCAAAGGCUCCACAUGAAUUUAAUUUCGUCAAUAGUGCUGGACUUCGUUAUGAAGCCGCUGAAGUUCGGGCUUGUCUCCAAGCUGGCUUAAAAGAAAGUCCUAAAGUCUCUCAUGCCGAAUCUUUAAUGAUUGCUGAGCUGGAAGAUGAAUUGCGUCGUCAAAUUGGAGUUGUGUAUCCUCAAGACAAAUAG